CCCUCUCUGAGGGAGAGGAGGAGGAGGAGGAGGAGGAGGGGAAGUGACUGCGGAGUUGAUGAACUUUGCACAUCCAGAAACGCCAUUUUGAUUCCUUUUCCGGAACAAGUUUGCAUCUCUCCUCUUCCUCGCCUCCCAGCCAAGUCCGCGGGUCCUCGCCAGCCUCAUUCCCCCCCAUACAAACAACGCCGCCCCGCACCAUGCCUGCGAGCCCGGAGUGCCCUCUGCUCGGCCGUUGCUGCGAAUCUCUAGGCCAGUAGUGGUGGCUUUGAGGAGUGACCACGCGCACGGUUGGGCUCAGCCAGAGUCAGCCCCUCAGUAAGACGGAGAACACAGUGUCCACCUGCACUACGGGGAGGGACAGCGAGGAACACGUGCAGACCCAACUCCUUCCACGAUCGACCACAGCUGCAGCAGAGAGAGGUCUCCAAGUGCCGUUGGGGGCAGAAGAUGGAGAACUGUGGCAGAGGCUUCUCCGAAGCAUAGUCCCCCGUCCCCAUGACGUCAAGUCCACCUGCCGGCCUGGAGGGUUCAGAUCUAUCUUCCGUCAACACCAUGAUGUCUGCCGUGAUGGGCAUGGGGAAGGUCGCCGAGAACGGCGCCGGCCCCCAGGGCCUCAAGUCCCCUGCCAAGCCUCCGGGACUAAAUCGCAUUGGCAGAAGGAACCAGGAAACAAAAGAGGAGAAGUCUUCCUACAGCUGCCCCCUGUGUGAGAAGCUCUGCACCACUCAGCACCAGUUGACCAUGCACAUCCGUCAGCACAACACGGACACUGGAGGAGCCGACCACGCGUGCAGCAUCUGCGGGAAGUCGCUGAGCUCAGCCAGCUCCCUGGACCGCCACAUGCUGGUGCACUCUGGCGAGAGGCCAUAUAAAUGUACCGUGUGUGGCCAGUCUUUCACCACCAAUGGGAACAUGCACAGACACAUGAAGAUUCAUGAGAAGGACCCCAAUGGCUCGGCAGCCGCAGCUCCGCCAUCCCCUCUGAAGCGCAGGCGGCUGUCCUCCAAGAGGAAACUGAGUCAUGACACCGAGUCGGAGAGAGAGGACACAGCCCCGGCUAAAAAGAUGCUGGAGGACGGCCAGUCGGGCGAGGUGGCCGGGACGGCUGACGAGCUCUUCCACUGCCCAGUGUGUUUCAAGGAGUUUGUGUGCAAGUACGGGCUGGAGAGCCACAUGGAGACGCAUUCGGAUAACCCACUAAGAUGUGACAUCUGCUGUGUCACCUUCCGUACACACCGUGGGCUGCUGCGCCACAACGCACUCGUGCACAGGCAGUUGCCACGUGACGCCAUGGGGCGGCCCUUCAUCCAGAGCAACCCCUCGAUCCCUGCUGGCUUCCACGACUUGGGGUUCACCGACUUCUCCUGCAGGAAGUUUCCCCGCAUCUCGCAGGCCUGGUGUGAGACGAACCUGAGAAGGUGCAUCAGCGAGCAGCACCGCUUCGUCUGUGACACCUGUGACAAGGCCUUCCCCAUGUUCUCUUCGCUGACCCUGCACAAACAAACCCACGUGGCCACAGACCCGGGGCGGGAGAAGCCGCCGGCCAGGUCCCUGCCCGACGACACCCUGGACCAGAAGGUCUUCCUGGCCCUGUUCGGUCUGCAGCACGCCAAAGAUGUACGGCCUGCGCCCGCAGAGGAGCCCGUGCCCGACGACAACCAGGCCAUCCAGCUGCAGGUGCUAAGGUGCCCGCUACCUCAGGAGCCCGCCGGCACCCGGGUGCUGAGCCUGUCCCCCUUCGAAGCUACGUCCCUAGGCGGCCCCCUCACGCUGCUGCCGGCCGCCAAGGAGGGCCUGAAGCACCUGUCGCUGCAGCCCUUCCGGAAGGGCAUCAUUAUCCAGCCGGACAACAGCAUCGUGGUCAAGCCCAUCUCGGGGGAGUCGGCCAUCGAGCUGGCUGACAUCCAGCAGAUUCUGAAGAUGGCGGCCUCGGCACCGCCCCAGAUCAGUCUUCCGCCGCUGGCCAAGGCCCCGGCUGCACCCCUGCAGGCCAUCUUCAAGCACAUGCCUCCGCUGAAGCCAAAACCCCUGGUCACCCCGAGGACUGUGGUGGCUGCCUCCACACCCCCGCCGCUCCUCAACGCCCAGCAGCCCUCGCCCGGCUGCUUGAGCCCCAGCCUCCCGCCGCCGCCGCUGAAGCUCCUCCAGGGCACGGUGGAGGCGGCCGCCCACGCCCACCUGCUGCAGGCCAAGGCAGGGGCACAGCCCCACGCAGCCGCACAGCUCUUCCUGCAGCAGCCGCAGCUGGAGCUGCCCAGGCAGCCCGAGAUGAAGACGCAGCUGGCACAAGACAGCCUCAUGGAGGCCCUGCUGCCCCUGAGCGUGGAGGCCAAGAUCAAGCAGGAGCUGACCGAAGGGGACCUCAAGGCCAUCAUGACGGGGCCCGGCGGCAAGAAGGCCCCCGCCAUGCGCAAAGUGCUCUACCCCUGCCGCUUCUGCAACCAAGUGUUCAGCUUCUCCGGCGUGCUGCGCGCCCACGUGCGCUCUCACCUCGGCAUCUCCCCCUACCAGUGCAACAUCUGUGACUACAUCGCCGCCGACAAGGCCGCGCUCAUCCGCCACCUGCGCACGCACAGCGGCGAGCGACCCUACAUCUGCAAGAUCUGCCACUACCCCUUCACCGUCAAGGCCAACUGCGAGCGGCACCUGCGCAAGAAGCACCUCAAGGCCACCCGCAAGGACAUCGAGAGGAACAUCGAGUACGUGAGCAGCAGCGCGGCCGAGCUGGUGGACGCCCUCUGCGCGCCCGACACGGUGUGCCGGCUGUGCGGCGAGGACCUCAAGCACUACCGCGCCCUGCGCAUCCACAUGCGCACGCACUGCGGCCGCGGCCUGGGCGGCUGCCCCAAGGGCCGCAAGCCCUUCGAGUGCAAGGAGUGCAGCGCCGCCUUCGCCGCCAAGCGCAACUGCGUGCACCACAUCCUCAAGCAGCACCUGCACGUGCCGGAACACGACAUCGAGAGCUACGUGCUGGCGGUGGACAGCGGCCUGGGCCCUGCUGAGGCGGCGGCCGCCGAGGCCUCGGCGCCAGGGCAGGAGGCCGGCGAGCGCAAGCCCCUGGCCGCCUUCCUGGAGCCGCAGAACGGCUACCUGCACGGGGGCCCCAGCCAGCCCGCGCCUCCGCGCGUCUCCAUCAAGCUGGAGCCUAUGGGCAGCUUCGCCAUGGACUUCAACGAACCCCUGGACUUCUCUCAGAAGGGCCUGGCCCUGGUGCAGGUGAAGCAGGAGAGCAUGUCCUUCCUGUGCUCGUCUUCCCUGGCCACUUACGAUGGCCCCAUGGAGCCCAUCGACUUGUCCAUCCGCAAGAACCCUAGGAAGGCAGCCAAGGACGAGGCCAAGAGGCCGGAGCAGGAGGCCCCAGGCGUGGAGCAGAGCUCGCCCUGCCCCGCCCCACUGCCCGCGCCGCAGCCGGGUACCCUGGAAAACCCGGCAGUGUCGGCAAGCACCCUGGAGCCGCACGCGCAGCCGGUGCAGGCCUCUGUGCAGCUCGCCCUGCCGGUCUACUCUUCGGCCCUGGUGGGCAGCCCCACGCUCCUGAGCAACCCAGCCCUCCUGGGCGGCGCCGCCUUGCUGCGGCCCCUGCGGCCCAAGCCCCCACUGCUCCUGCCAAAGCCCCCUGUCACAGAAGAGCUGCCUCCACUGGCCUCCAUCGCGCAAAUCAUCUCCUCCGUGUCGUCCGCCCCAACCCUGCUGAAAGCCAAGAUGGCAGAGCCUGGCCCCGUGGGCUCCGGGCCCAUGGGCUCCGGCCCAGUUCCAGGCACUGGCGUGGCAGUGGCCGCGGACAGCUCUGCGGGCUGCGUGCCCAAGGUCACCCCAGACCCCACCACCGCCACUGAGAGUGCGAGUCCCAGAGAAGCUGGGGACCCACCACCUGCAGCUAGCAGCCCAGAGGCAUCGUCACCCUUGGCACAGGAGGCAGCGGGCUCCUCCAAGAAGAAGGGCCGGAAGAGGGGGGCAAGACCCCGAGCCCAAGCCGGUGGCGGGGUAGACCUGGAUUCCAGCGGCGAGUUCGCUAGCAUCGAGAAGAUGCUGGCCACCACGGACACGAACCAGUUCAGUCCCUUCCUUCAGAGCACAGAGGACGAUGCUGGGGAGGCGGCGGCCAGCACCCCCCCAGACCCCCAGGGGCCCAGCGACGAGGAGCAGGGCCGCACCGCCGAGGACAAGCUGCUGAAGGCCAAGCGGAACUCGUAUGCCAGCUGCCUGCAGAAGAUCACCUGCCCACACUGCCCGCGUGUCUUCCCCUGGGCCAGCUCCCUGCAGCGGCACAUGCUCACGCAUACCGACAGCCAGUCCGACGUGGAGACGCCGGCCCCAGCAGGCGAGGUGUUGGACCUCACCUCCCGGGACAGGCAGCCGCCACCGCCGCAGCCACCGCCAUCGGAGGAAGCCGCGGAUCCCGAGCCCGCGACCCCAGAUGCCCCACAGGCAGACCCCACCUGCCCGGGGACCGAGGAGCGCCCGGAGGAUGAGCGAGGCCCGGAGGAGAGCGCUGGGGAGGCCGAGGGCCCCGAGGAAGACACGGUCAGCAACAAGAGCCUGGACCUGGACCUGGCCAGCAAGCUGAUGGACUUCAAGCUGGCCGAGGGCGAGGCGGGCGCUGCGGGCUGCGCCCCGCACGACCACAAGUACGCGUGCGACACCUGCGGCAAAAGCUUCAAGUUCCUGGGCACCCUGAGCCGCCAUCGCAAGGCGCACCGGGACGAGAGGGACGCCCCGGGCCCGGACGGGGAAGAGUCGCCCGCCACCCCGGAGCUGGACGAGAAGCCCGCUGCCAGCGAGACCCCCGCCUCCGCCGAGCCGGCCCCGGGCAUGGGGGAGGCCGAGAAGCAGAGCGAGGAGACCGAGGGCCCUUCCGACGGGGAGGCAGCGGCCGAGCAGAAACCCCCGGAGAAGAGCCCAAAGACGGACUCGCCCAAGAGCGCGGCCAGCAAGGCGGACAAGCGGAAGAAGGUGUGCAGCGUGUGCAACAAGCGCUUCUGGUCGCUGCAGGACCUCACCCGCCACAUGCGCUCCCACACCGGCGAGCGGCCGUACAAGUGUCAGACGUGCGAGCGAACCUUCACCUUGAAGCACAGCCUCGUUCGGCACCAGCGGAUCCACCAAAAAGCCCGGCACGCCAAGCACCAGGCCAGGGACAGCGACAGGGAGGAGGACAGCGAGGACGGCUCCAGCCACAGCGGCACCAACCCCGUCUCCGAGAACGAGGCCGAGCCGGCCCCCGCCAGCAACCACGCGGCCGUCACCCGCAGCCGGAAGGACUGCGCCCGCAGGGAGGACAAGGCCGCGGGCCGGGCGCCCGCCAAGGAGCAGGGGGCAUCCCCGGGGGAGCCCAGCCCCCAGAGCCCCGAGCCUCCGGCGCAGGAGUUACAGGAGCCGCGCGGCAGGAGGCCGGCCCAGCCCGUGCUGGGCGCCGAGUGACCGCCGCGCGCCCCCCCGACCCCCGCACAAGCCAGCAGAGCAAAGCGCCCUGGGCCUGGUCUGGGUGCCCUCGGCCGCCAGGCGCCGUGCCAUAGCCUUCCCAGUGCCUUAGCUACUUAGGGGCCCGCCGUUCGCGCGGGCGUUGUGUUCCCCCAAACCGACUUUUGAACAAAGCAAACCCAGCAUUGUAAUGAACUGUCUGGAGAUUUCCUUUAAGCAUUAACGUGACCCUUCGGAUCGGUGUGAGCAAGUCUGUUCUUUCCUGGUGGGUCUCUGAGCGUCCCUCCCUCCCCGCGUGCCGGGAGCUGGCACCCACGGAUACCCGGAUCCCAUAACUGGAAGACAACCACACGAGUGCCCAGAGGAAGGCGGAGGAGCCGCUCUGGGCCCUUCUGUGGGCUGCCCUGGGCAGGUGCAGCUGCAGCCCAGCGCGGCCCCUCGCCCUGAGCGGGCAAAGGGAUCUCAAGCUUUCCUUGCCGGUGCCAGUUGUUCCUGAGGGCCGCCUUCCAGCCACCAGCACCGGGAGGUCGGGCCAGCCCGUCCCGGGUGUGGCUUCCCUCCCUCCCCCCUCCCUCUCCCGUUGGUGUAUGUAUGUAUUAUUAUUAUUAUAAUAUUAUUAUUAUUAUUAUUAGUUCGUCAGUUUGCUGGUCUCUGCAGUCAGCAGAAACAAGUGGGCAAUAUUUGUCCUGGGAGACCUGCGCUGCCCCCAGGUCCCCAUCCUGCGUGCCUGCAGCCGCUGCCCACAGCUCGGGUGGCGGCAGCUCUACUGUACUCACAAGCCUUCCGUCCCUGACUGCAGGUGCCAGUCCCGGCCAGCCAGCCAGGCGGUGGGCCGGGCGCUCCUGAGCCAGGGGCCCCGGGCUGCCCAGGGGCAAGGCGCCCAUUCACUACUACUGCUGAUGGAGCGGUGCGUGCGUGCGAGGGGCGAGCUGCCAGGAGGCACGCCAGGCUCCCAGAGCACCCCGCCCCGCCCCGGGCCCUGCCUCCUUUCCAGAACCCCGACCCAGCCCUCCCCCAGCUGCCCCUGCAGGCGAGGUGGGACAUCCUACUGUAGCACAGGGCAGCGCCACCUUCCCUGCUUGCCUGUCGGGGGGCUGGGAGCCGAGCACCCUGACUCUGAGGAAGGUGCAAAGAGCAUCUCGGCCGUGAACAACCAGCUCAAGUCCUGUGACGGGGUCGUACGAAGCAGUGUCGGCAAGGGGCUCCGCUGGCUGCCCGGGGCAUCUGGUGCCAGUCGCAAGCAGCAAUCCCCCGGUCUGUUUUGCUCAGAGCAGUUCCUACUUGCCGUAUGGGUUUGUUCUUUUUUUAAUUAUUAUUACUACAGUUGUUAAUUUGUCAUCUUUGGGGUUCCUCGCCCUGUCUGGGCGCAGCCCCGCGGGGUGGCCGCCCGCCCACGAGUCAGCUCUGCCCGGCGCCCGCCGUCGCAGCCAGGGAGCUCUUGCCACGUUCUCAGCAAGGUGGAGAGAUGGAUUAUUUGUGUGUUGUUCCUGUCCCCUCCCCCAAUAUUAAACUGUGAAAUUUGUGAUUUGUUUAAAAAAAAAAAACUCUGGGUGAAUCAUAGCUUGUUCUGCUUGUUUUCUAUACAUUUUGUUUGAUUCUCUCUCUCCUCUCAGGGCUUUUAAAAAUUAUAUAUAUAUAUAUAUAUAUAAGAUAUAUAUAUGUGGAUCUUCUGAAAAGUUUUUGAGGUGCAAGUUUUUUCUCUUUUGUUUUCUUCAGUGAGUGGACACAGAGCCGAGUUAAUCACUACACGAAGCGCCUGGCUGUGGCAGCCGGGCCAAGCGGGGCCCUGGGGCGGGCGGCCACGCCGGCCACGGCAGCCACGCAGGCCACGCCGGCCACGGGGCCGCCUCGCAGGCGUCACGCAUGUGUCUCCUUGCUGUCCUCUCUCUCCAAGAAAGAAGUUGAUCCUAUAUGAUUUCAGCCCGUGCAUUAAACAGGAAACAAUAAAUGUAGAAUUCAUAUUUUUCUAAAGGGAAAUUAAGAACUGCUGCUACAUAUUAUGUACAAAACUGGUUUAUGCCACAUGAACAGAAUCCCCAGUUCGGUUUUGGUACUUUUUGUUCCUCUUUGUAUUCAGUUGUAUAGAAACUUCAAGAUUCAAAAUGAAAAGAAAGCUGUUCUGUAUGAACCCAUCUGAGCAAUAAAUGUCAUUUUAAAAAUGCA